CAGUGUGCUCUGUGUAGUUUCUUCACGGGGUCUGUCGGAGUAGGUAGCACCGUCUCCGUCCGUACGGUGGGAAUUGUGUGGCACCUUCUCUUAGAGCAGCUGACAGAAUGAAUGGGAGGAAUUUUGGCAGUUUGUGGACUCCGUAGUACUGGACGAAUCCGCAGCACUGUCAACCUUUCUAGCACCCGUUUGACAUCUCUGGUCACAAUGACGCUCACCAUGAGUUAGAAGGCAUCGUAGACCAUCACCACAGCUGUCUUCCCCACCAUCUGCAGCACUUUGUACGGAGACGGUAGCAUCACUUGCCCUGCUUCAUGAGCCAGCAGGAUGCGGCUGAGGUCCUCGCACUCUCCGAGCGCCUCCUUAUAGCUUCACACAAGGGACAAGCUGACAAUGUGGUCCAGCUUAUCAACAAGGGUGCAAAAGUAGCUGUCACCAAGUAUGGCAGAAGCCCCCUGCACUUGGCUGCCUACAAAGGCCACAUUGAGGUUGUGCGUAUUCUGCUCAAAGCUGGCUGUGACCUGGACAUUCAAGACGAUGGGAAGCAGACAGCAUUACACCGGGCUGCUGUGGUGGGAAACAGUGACAUUAUCAGUGCUCUCAUUCAGGAAGGGUGUGCACUGGACAGACAGGACAAGGAUGGCAACACUUCUCUCCAUGAGGUAUCCUGGCAUGGCUUCAGCCAGUGUGUCAAACUGCUGGUGAAGGCUGGAGCCAACGUUCAUGCCAAAAACAAGGCAGGAAACACAGCUCUCCACCUUGCAUGUCAGAAUGGUCAUGCUCAGAGUUCCAAGUUUCUGCUCCUGGGAGGCUCUAGGCCUGACAGCAAGAACCAUGGAGGAGAUACUUGUCUGCAUGUGGCAGCACGCUACAACCAUGUGGCUGUGGUCUGUAUCCUGCUGGGAGCCUUUUGCUCUGUGUCGGAGAAGAACCGUGUGUGGGACACACCACUCCAUGUGGCAGCUGCUCUGAACCAUAAGAAGACAGUACGUCUGCUGUUGGAGGCAGGCGCAGACAGCCGCACCUGCAACAAUGCAGGUGAAACAGCUUUGGACCAGGCCAGAGAACACAACAACCCAGAUGUGGCACUCCUCCUAACCAAAGCUCCUCAGGUGCAGAGCUUUUUGCGUGGCAGGAGUGUGGGAAAGAGGAGAGACAAGCUGAAGGCAGAGGGCCGAGCUCAGUCAGUGCCCAGAGAGGAGAUGCUGCCCUUUAAGGACAAUGCAUCUGCUGCAGAUGAUACCCAGAGCAGUGAUCGAGCUGCCUGCAAACACACUGAGGUGGCCGAGUCAAAUGCCAGGAAGGGAAAGAACAGGAAGCAGAAAGAAAAGCUGUUUUUGUCUGACCCCCUCCACCGCCGCCGAGAGACCAGACACAGUGAAUCCUUUCAAAAGAGAAAAGAUAAACUGCAAGGAGCCUCUCCUUAUGCCUCCAUCCCUCCACACAACUUUAAAGCCUAUCAGCUCUACACAUUGUACCGGGGCAAGGAUGGAAAGAUCAUGCAGGCCCCUCUGAAUGGCUGCCGCUGUGAACCUCUCAUCAGUAAACUGGAGAACCAGCUGGAGGCCACUAAGGAGGAGAUGAAGACUGAGAUUCACACUGUCCAAGACCUGAUGAACACCAAGAUGGGCCAGCUGGAACGCAAGAACAAACACCAGAUCUGGGCUCUUGAUAAGAUGACAGUGGAGAGAGUGUCAGCAGAGAGGACAGAGUGUCUGCAGAGGAUUGAGCAGAGGGUCCUGCAGGAGCGACAAGAGGCAGAGAAGAGAGAGGCGUCUCUGGUCAGUGAGCUGAAGUGCUGGUGUCUGUCCAAACUGCACAGCAUGGAGGUCCGUUACACAGGAGACCCCGGCAGCACUAAGCUGCAGCGUUCCUCCUCUGUAGCCGAGGGCCUGAAUGAAGCCGAUGGAGCCGGCCCCACCAUGCUACCUGCUGGACAGAGGGCCGGCACCCAGGGCCUGGAGCUGGACAGCAGCCCUGCAGUCCAAGACUGCAGCUGUGGGGAGCCCAGUUUGGCAGAGGGUGGCUCAGCCAACCACUACUUUGUGGUACAUGUGGACAGCUCUCCAGAUGGUGAGAAGGCACACAAUGCAGAGGCAGUAGCUUUGAGGUCACUGCCAUCUGUCCAGGUGGUUCGGCCGAAGGAGCGUUCAGCCCUCUGUGCUGACACCCAGAGGAAGAACGAGGACCUGUCAGAUGUGAACACGGUGGCGUACGCUGCGAGCAGGGACAGAGGCCACAGAGCCAGCAGCCUGUCUCCAUCCACACAGCGCCACUGCAGCAACAGGACUGACACUGGCCUCAGGGACAGGGAGCGAGGCAGGGACAGAGGUAAGCACCAUAAGAAGCAUUCUGAGGGCAGGACUAAGUCCGGAGGGGCCACAGGGAUCAGGCCUCUAGAGGUCAUUGGAGACCUUCCCAGUGAGCCUACCUUCACCCAGGAGAGGGACAACAUGCAUGCCCUGGAGGUCACCCAGUACUUCUUUGAGGCUGUGUCGAUGCAGAUGGAGCGCUGGUACGAGAGGAAGGUGCAGGAAGCUCACUGGCAGGCUGACCAGAGGGCCCAGGCUGACAGAGCGGCUCUGAUCGAAAGGAUUGCAUACCUGGAGGACGAGCUGCGCAUGCUGAGGACUCACAGAGACGAUGACUGCUGACACACAGGCUGCAUUAACACCACAAAAUUUCUUUGAAUAGCCAUGACAUGACCUGGAUUUCUAACAAACACCCAACUGUCUAAUGUCCUCUUCCUGGACAGCCAAGUCAUUAUAUCUAGUGGGCCUAGAUCCACUGAAUCACAUCAGCUAUCCCAUUUCUACUGCAGCCUACAAGCGUUUCACAUUCAAACUCUUAGUAGUACUGGACUAUGUGUACAUACAGUACUAUAGUAGUAACAGCAGCUCUUGGGCACUGUGUUGUAAAUGGUCAGAAGAGUGAGCAAAUAUGAUAUUUAACAGUUCAAUACACUUCAUCCCAUCAAACAGCCUCAACACUGUGCACACACACGUAUACACAUGUCCAUCUAUGCUCUAAAUACUGAUUAGUGAGCACAAAAAAGUCAGUGUUUUUUUGUAUAAGAUCACAUCACAUGAGUGAUGUGUGCACAGUGGAUGGCUGGAUCACAGUGGGAGCUGUAUGCAUGAAGGGAAGCGCACUAUAAGCUUUUUGUUUUAUCUGGAUGCUGGAGUAACUCUUGUAACUUUACUCCUUAUUUAUGAGAAUGUAGCUGAACUGACGCUGUAUAUAAAACCCUAGUGAAGGUAUCAACAUUUGAUUUUGCUGCACGGUUUGAUUUGUAUGAAGGCUGGAGUGUGACUGGUACAUUGUUUAAAUACAGCUAAUUUUUAAAUUGAUACAAUGUGAAAGAACAGUAAAACAAUUACAUUUACAGUUAUAAAAUAAAUGUUAUGUUUUUCUUUUGGCUAAAAAUGAAGAAAAAGUGAAAUAUUAAAAUAGAAUUGCAAACAUUUUUUGUUUUCUAUUUACCCAUUCACCCAUCUCACCGUCUGUCUCCUGCUUUAACACAGUUGAAUUUAAAGACAGCUGUCUUUAACGUCCCCGUGGCGUGCUCGCUUUGCUAUUUCCAGUCAUUUAAUGUUUAAUCUUAGGUAUCUCUAGAUUAGCUUGGCACCCCUCGUAACUCCAAACAGUCUAAUUAUUUCAGAACAAAAAACCAGAAAGCCUCUUUCUAAAAGUAGAGGAUAGUUCGUAAACGUGCACAAUUCCUAAUGCCGCUCAGGAAGCUAUGACAACACAUAAACAAAAACACUGACAAAUAAGCUAUGUUUUCGACAAUGACAGUAUCUCAGUAACCCUGGGGCCCUGUAUUUUUCUCCACAUCCUCUGGUCACAGUGCAGCAGCAGGAGGUAAAAUAUAUCCACAAAACCGGGCAC